GUUCCCUAGCCGCCCGACCUACCUGUCGAGCGAAGCCACAAGAAGAGAAGAUCCCGACUCCAAGCGGGCGCGCAUGGAGCAUGCUGCUAUGCAAAAAGCUAUCGCGGAGUCCGAGGAGAUGUUUAACAGGGCACACGAAUAGGACAAAGUCCAUUCUUUAGGAGAACUAAUCGGACACUUGCGGAGCAAGGAGAUGAAGUUUUGGAACAUAAUAGAAAAAAACGAAAGGUUUGUUAUUAUCCACAUCGUCGACGAUGAGGCCCCGUGGCUGAGGUACUCUGUCUGCGUAAAACGAGACAUGAGCGUGACACUACAUGUCAUGAAAACGGCGGUAAAAAAGUUAGGUGCAAAUCUGGUCGUUCCAGAAAUUGCCGACAGUAAGAAGGGCAUAGUAGAACUCCUCGAAGGCAUCGAGAAGUGGGACGGGAACCUGAUUUCCAACUCAGUCGAGGAAAUUUUCGAGGCUAUUUGCCUACUGCUGGAUCAGUUGUCCACGUCCCACGCAGAAGACGACGCCGACUCCAUUCGAUUUCUGCGAAAGCAAGUAAGCUUGUUCCCAGCGAAAAAACAGCGCAGACGCUACUCUGCAGAUUUCAUGGUGUUCUGUUUCAUUCUUUUCACCAUAUCGCCCCAUGCGUACACUUAUAUACGCAGCCAUGGAAGCGUCACUUUGCCGCAUCCCAUGACGAUCAGAUCGGUAUGCUCCUUUUAUGGCAUGAGCCCUCAACAAGAGCAUCAGAACGAAGCAUUCCUCAGUUACAUGGCGAGAAGAAUUUCUGACCUCAAAGAUGACCAGCGCUUCGUCACCGUAAUGGUAGACGAAAUACACAUCAAACCUCACUUUGUAUACAAAGGGGGCAAUAUAACCGGAGCUGCGCUUAACUCAAAUGAAGCUGCAAACUGUGCGCUCGUUUUCAUGGUGCGCAGCCUGAAGUGCCAAUUCAAAGAAGUUGCGCACAUCGUGCCAGUGCACAGACUAGACGCGGAGUUCCUGCACAAGAUGCUGAAAGAUGUGAUUUGCGGCUGGAAAAGAUUGGGUACCGCGUUGUGUGCGUCGUGA